AUGUCUGAAUUGCAAUCAGAACUUGUCGCAAGUUCUGAGGGUACCAACGUCAUACAACUAUCAAAGCCUUUUCUAACGUCGAAAGAGAUAGCUUAUCUUAAGAAAACAAAUAUAGGGAAUAGUGAUGAAAUUAGGGCAUAUUCUCUAAAGAAAAGAGAGACAUUUGAAUUUUUAAUACGUUUGGUUAAGCGAUUACAUUUUCCUGUGAGAAUACUACAGUAUUGCUCUUAUUUAUAUCAACGGUUCUUUCUUUUUUCAACGAAUUUCACCAGAGACUUAAAAUGGCACAUGGAGAUUGGAUUAACAGCUCUUUUCAUAUCAAUGAAAAUGAAUGAUUUUAUAAAGAAACUCACUUUUGUUCUUCAAGAAUCAAACACGGCACGUUCUCUUCAUCUAAGCCCUCAAGAAUUAGAAAGUCAAAGACGUACCAUAAUGGGUCUGGAAAAGACAAUGAUGGAAUGCGAAAGUUUUGAUUUCAGGAAUUAUUGUAUGGAAGAUCUUUUAGUUAAAUUCACGAAGUUUUUUAAGCUUUCAGAGAUGGAGAGUUAUAUUUCAUGGUCAAUUCUUAAUGAUUUAUAUUUGACUGAGCUUCCAUUAGAGCUCCCCGCGCAUCACAAUGCAAUCAUAGCCAUGAGAACAGCAUUGCUUAUCCUUUCAUCUAUUUCAAAUCAUAGUCUCCAUGAAGUUGAUCUGCACAAAAUAAACAUGAGACCGGAUAAUGAUUCUCUAAUAUUAGGAGUUCACCAAAUGCUUGAACAUUAUAUAGACAACUACCCAACAACAUUUUUAAAGGACGCAAUGUUAGAGAUCCACAUUGAUGAUGAACCAAAAGAAUUGGUGGAUAAAUUUCUCACGGUUAAGAUUGAUUUUGCCAAGAAAUUUCCCUCUCCAAGAGGAUUACAUUCAAGUGUAUCUGAUCAGGACCUCUUAUUUCAACCGCAUGAUUCUGAGCUUGGAAAGCAUGGAUGUAUUCGUUUUCUAUAUAAUAAGAAGAAGUAUUUAGAUGAGGUGAGUCAAUAG